GUGACACAUCUGGCGUCUCCUAGUCCAGCAGGGGGUUUUUUGUGAUUGAUAGAACAUUCUGCCUUUUUCUCCCGCAGGCUACAGAUAGAAACCGCCCGGCGAUCCUCUGCUGAAACAACAGACCGAGCAGAACCUGUUAGACACGCUGUUAUCCUCCCAAACGAACACCACGACCUCUUUUUGUCAGCCAACAUGAAUUUCUUCCUGGAAACAAUCCAAGUCAUCCUGCUGUCCAUCUGGUACAAUGUGGAAUCUUUCAUCUAUUUCUUUGUACCCAUGAAAAAGAAGAACAUAGCUGGUGAGGUGGUGCUGAUCACGGGGGCAGGCAGCGGGAUCGGUCGCCUCAUGGCGCAGGAGUUUGCGGCUCUCAACACUGUGGUGGUGUUGUGGGAUGUUAACCAGGAGGGGAUGAAGGAAACGGCUAGACUGGCUAAACAGAGCGGAGCCAGCAGAGUUCAUUACUAUCUGUGUGACUGCAGUGAUAAGAACGAGGUGUACAGAGUGGCUGACCAGGUGAAGCGGGAGGUGGGUGACGUCAGCAUUCUGGUGAACAACGCUGGCAUCGUGACAGGAAAGAAGUUCAUGGAAGCUCCUGAUUCUCUGAUCGAGAAGACAGUGGAGGUCAACACUAUGGCUCACUUCUGGACCUACAAGGCCUUCCUUCCUGCCAUGAUCGCUAACAAUCACGGCCACCUGGUUAGUAUUGCCAGCUCUGCUGGACUCAUAGGAGUCAAUGGAUUGGCAGACUACUGUGCCAGUAAAUUUGCAGCAGUAGGUUUUGCAGAGUCAGUGGGUCUGGAACUUCUGGCAACUGGGAAAGAUGGCGUCAAAACCACCAUCGUGUGCCCCUACUUCAUCAACACUGGAAUGUUCGAUGGAUGUCAAACUAAAUGGCCAACACUGAUGCCAAUCCUGAAGCCAGACUAUGUAGUCAAGAAGAUCAUCCAUGCGGUCCUCACAGACCAGGUCUACCUGCUGCUGCCCAAGAGCAUGUACCUCAUUGCUGCUCUCAAGAAUGUUCUGCAGUGGAAGCUGACCUCCCUCCUCGGCUCCUACCUGGGAUUCUCAAUGGAAGUAGACUGCAACACUAACCUCGGUCUGCACUGCAAAAUGCACUAGCACACAUCUAAGAUCACUCCCAACCAACCUAUUCAGCUGUUAGUUAACAUCAAUGCGCGAAUCACAGGCUGCUAAAUUAUAUUUUGGGGAAAGAUUGAUUGAAUAUCUUAUAUAUGUUGUUUUUGUUGAAUUACAUAUGCUUAAAGAUAUGUUGCACUAAGCACUGUACAUCACACAAGCUAUAGAUAUAGCAGCAAUCUUUUUCCUUUCAGAAAAUAAUGUCAAUGUGAAGCUAGGUCUGGAAUGUGAUUCCUGGUGGACAUAUAACCUUAAACCAGCUGUGUACUCCAAACAAACUGAAGUUGUUGUGUUCUCAGACUAUACCCCACUGUACCAGUAUACACACUGUCACUGCAGGUCUUUUUUGUCACAUUUAAAAACCUCUUUUUUAAAUUCCAAUUAAUUAAAAGUUAGCUCUUCUUUUUGUAGCUUUGGCCAUUGUUUAUAUCACUUAUGAUCUUAUCCUCACCAAGUUAAAUGUUAAGAUGUAGAAAAACUGUGACAUCAUUAUAACAAGACUCUACAGGGAAAGAAACAUAAGCAGUUGUAAAUAAGCAGUUUAUCAAGAUGAUCUAAAUCACUUUAUUUGGUGGUCAAACUGAAAUUAAACUCACCCAAAAUUUUGGAAAUACUUCCUCAUUGCACAACUACAAUAAUUUCCCUUCAAAUGGUUUUUAACAGUGAAUAAUAUAAUCAUUUUACCGUUUCUCCUCCAAAUAUGUUUGACUAACCUGAAGGUUUGUUUCCAUCUGACUACUCAUGUUUCUUGACCCAUCUGACUUCUUUUUAGUGAUGUCACUGUGUUCCCAGAUCUCAGCUAUUAACUUGGUGGAUAUAAUGUUAUAUAAUGUUACUGAUAGCAAUAGUGGUCAAAUCUAUGAAGAUAAUAAAGCAGAAUUAUUCUUUAAGGACUUACUCUCCAGUAGUACUUGGUCUUAACUAUGGAGAGCACUGUUACUAUGGUAGUUGUGGUUAGCAUGUAGCACCCUCACAGCCUGGGGACAGCUUUUCAAAGACAUCUUAUCACCAGGAUUAUUGUUCUCUAUUGACUUGCAGGGAUAAUGCACUGUAGAUAGACAUAAACAACUCUCACCGUUACCCAGAGACAAAACUGAACCGGUGUGAAAUGUCUUUGAGAGAUAAACACUGCAGAGAAAGUGACAGCUUGUGUAGAUUUUGUGACUGCAAACAGCAUGAGGGUGUUUGUUUUUGUUUGUAUCCAGGCAGGUACCUUCACAAUGGAAUAAUCAUGUUCUUGAGGGCAUUAAAGCUCACAUAUUCUGAGUAUGUCAAGUCAGUUGUCAGUAUCUGUAGAGCAGCUACAGGUGAUGUGUCAUCAUGAGUCUGCAAAGUUCUCUGGUUUGGCAAAAGCUUGUACAGGUUUUGAUUGAAUGUGAAUGUCAAGUGAAUAAAGGUCUGUCAUUUUCCAUGCUGCUUUUCAAGAAAGUUAAGAUUUUAACUGUAACAGUUGCCUAAUUGAUGUGCCAUGCUAGUCAGUUGUCUCUGUAAAUGGAGACAUUGAAAAGUAUUGAAGAUUCUGUAUUUUGUUAUGAAUCUGAAUUAUGCAUGUUUAUAAUAAAGCCAAUGCUCAUGUCUUGUUAGCCAUCUUUAGGGGUUAAUAUUACUGUCGCAAGGGUGUUCAACAUUUGAAUUAUUAUGCAUUAUCUGCUCUUCAAUCAUAUUGUAAUUGCAGUCAAUGUCAUUUUUAUUUAGGUGUAAUGCCACUUGUUUUGGUUAACUGCUGCUGCCCACAGCUGUUGAGGUUUCCACUUAGCAAGGCACUUUAACCCUAGACUGUGACUCCUAGCAGUCCCCAUCAAAAUGUGACUGACUGCAUUUUCAACAGCAAAGUUGACACCAAACAUGACUAGCAAUUUGAGUUCUUCUUGUUGUUGCAGUCAAUGGAUUCAGUUGCUGCAAGUAAACCUGGAUCAUUUGCCUCUAGUUUUUUGGUGACCUUUGAUAUGCUAAUGCCCACCAAUGAGAAUAGUGAACUUUUUUGUUUGUUAUUGAAGGGCAAAAGUUAAAAAAGUUACCUAAUUAACAAUCAGUAAUUGAGGAUGUGUAUUGUGGUGUUAAUGUAUACACUGCUGAGCAAAUUAUGUCCAUAUUAUGUAUUAACUAUGGUCUGGACUAGGGAUGCAAAUUUUAGUUGGUUAAUCAACAACUUAUGAAAUAUGGUGGAUGUAGUAAAUAGUAAAACCAUUUUAACUACUGACAUACUAUGUUUGCAACAAAAUUAGGUAAAUUGGGAAUUUAAGGAAUAGGUUCAAUAAACACCAAGUUACUUCAAUUAUAAAUAAAAUAACAAAAAAAUUGUAGAGCUCUUACUCUCAUCUGUCAAAAUUCAAUGAUUGGCUGGACGAAAUCCAAAGUAUUAAACACAGCAAACAGCUGCACAACUUCCCAUUUUAUGAAAGGACAUUGUUAGAUCAGACUGGGGGGACUGUGUGGGACAUAUCUAACAAUUAACAAACAAGCAAAGUCUGACCCAUUUUUCCUUAAUCAAAAGUGCUGCAGCCAACCUGUUACAUUAUCGAAUAAAAAUAAAAUGAAUUACCCCCAAUCUCCCCACAGCGGACUUCAGUCUGACUGUUUUUAUAUAAGAUAAUACACAUACCUGAUCUUCAUGGUUAAGUGAUGUGUGAUGUUCACUGUAGCUUACGUUAGUCCAACUGCUGGAAACAGCUGCACAGCUAGAACAGAAGUCCUGGAGAUGCACAAAUACUGCGGCUCCAACUUAAUCAGUCCAGGAAAUCUUUCAACGUUUCCUGCCACCAUUAUAAUGAUAGUAAAUACAGAUAGCUAGCUAAACCGGACAGCUGUCAGAGAGAUGCAUUUGUUUUAUGAUUUUUGUGCAGCAAACGUUACAUCCAUAGAGUGCAAGCUGACUCAAGGAGUUACAUGUUAUAAAUAUUUAUUCUGGAAGAAUAAAUGAAAAACAUAAUAGUGAGUCAGCUGAUCCUCAGUGGCUUUACUGGUUCAGGUGUUAACUGCCACCUGAAGAACACAGCCCAAGCCCACAGCUUGUAUACCUGCAGGUGAUCUCGUGCCUUUUACACUCAAAACAGAAAUGUUUGAAACUGAAGUGGACUGUCUUGAAAAAUACAAGAUAAAGUGCAUACAUAUAAAAUAACACAUUUAAGUAAGUUGACAAUUCCAUACAAAGCUAGUGGCCCAACUUGGAGCACGAGAACACAGUUACAUCGCACAUCCUCGUCUUCUGCAUUAUUGGUUAAUAUAUUUUGAAUCGAUUAAAUUAUUUAUGGAAGUUAAGCAAUAUCAAUUAACCAUUGACAUCCCUAGUCUGGACAGAAUUUUCCAUUCAGAGUUAAGUGUAUUUGUAUUUUCAAGGGCACUGGUUUCAUUCGGCACCAAACACUGAAAUCUCCUUGGAUGAUGUUUGCAGAUCUCUCUAGUGACUGUGUCUCCUAAUAAGUCUGUUGUUGUGACAUUUGUUCCCUAUAUGAGUUACAAGUAAGGUCCAUAUAAAGUGCAAGCAGCUGUGAGCCUAAACUGUUUGGGUCUAAACUGUCUCUUCUGAAAGCAGAAGAUCUGAUGAAAAGGUGGCACAGCCAUCUACACAGCUCUCUAAAUUUCUCCUUGUUGAGCUCCUUGUCUGAGCUUCAGGUCAUUGGAGCAGACUUGAACUAUUUAAGACAAAGAUACAGGUUAACCCUUUCUUUGACAGCUACAUACAUUUACCUCUUAUAUAUCUACUGUCAUUUGAUAUACAUAGACAUGAAAACAGAGUUACUGAGGGCCUGUGCCAUCACAAAAAAUAUGACCUCUGCACCAGAGAAGGCUACAAUCAAGCAUCACCCAAUGUAUCCACAGUAGUAUGUACACAAGGCUCUCAGUUGUGGCAGCACUUCUCUGUCGCAGCCACAAGGAGAAAUGUUAUCAGCCUGUUUUCCCAUGGAUGAGUAAUCACCAGGACUGAGAUCUUGUUUUGAUAAAAAAAAAUAAUGUGAUUAUAAUUUUAGCUGCAGCAUCCACAUGCUUCAAUCUGUACAAUUGUAAUUUAUUAAAGCAAGCUUUUGGUUUUGGCAGUGAUCUGUAUAUAUUGGGCUGUAACUGUAAUUGUACAGACAUAAUGAGAAGUAAUUUGCCAAAAAUAACAAAUAAGACCAAACCCAGUGCUAGUGAUAAAUAAGUAUUUUGAACACAUUUCUUGUGGCCUAGCAUGUCAACAUAUUUCCUCUGCAGUUUCUUAUCAAGAACUUGUGUUCAGAUGUCAAAUACAGCAAGUCAUUUGAGUUAA